GCCUCGCUGCCGGGGAUGACGGCAGCGCGCCCGGCCCCUCCCGGAAGCGAGCCUAGGGCGCACGCGCAGCAUGGCGGGUGGGGCGGGGCCGGCCGGGGGCGCCUGGGCAGGUUCGGGCGAGGGGCGGAAGGGCGGAAGGACGGUCGGACGGGGGCCCGCGAGGGACAAACUGCCGCUGUCUUCGCCAUGAUGCGCUUCAUGCUGCUCUUCAGCCGGCAGGGGAAGCUGCGCCUGCAGAAGUGGUACCUGGCCACCUCGGACAAGGACAAGAAGAAGAUGGUGCGGGAACUCAUGCAGGUGGUCCUGGCACGCAAACCCAAGAUGUGCAGCUUCCUGGAGUGGCGGGACCUGAAGGUGGUCUACAAAAGGUAUGCCAGUCUGUACUUCUGCUGUGCCAUUGAGGAACACGACAACGAGCUGAUCACGCUGGAACUCAUCCACCGAUACGUCGAGCUGCUGGACAAAUAUUUUGGCAGUGUCUGUGAGCUGGACAUCAUCUUCAAUUUCGAGAAGGCCUACUUCAUCUUGGACGAGUUCCUGAUGGGGGGCGAAGUUCAGGACACCUCCAAGAAGAGCGUGCUGAAGGCCAUUGAGCAGGCCGACCUCUUGCAGGAGGUAGAGGAAGAUGAGUCACCCCGCAGCGUGCUGGAGGAAAUGGGAUUGGCAUAGCUGCUCACCACACAAUCUCAGACGACCCCCCCACUGCCACUUUGCCCCCUCCUUGCUGUCCAGUGGGGAAAGGGGGGGCUGACCCACACACUCCUCAGUCCGCCGUGCUUGAGAAAUCAACUCACUGAAGGGAGCUGCGAACUGUGCCGUGUAAAUAUUGAUGCCCCCUUCACUCCGUGUGUGUGUGUGGGGGGGCGCACUGCAUCCGCUGGGAAGGCAGCCCUGGCUCGCUGUUCAGAAGGGCCCGCUGGCCCUUCCUCCUUUUUCAUCAGUCCCUCUCAUUCUCCCUCCCCCCCCCCAUCUGUUUGCACCAGCAGUCGGCUCUCCACCCCCCCCCCCCCAUCCAUGAUUCAUCCAGGCAGCAAGUGCAUGUGACAGACAGGCAGCGGAGGAGGAGGAGGAAGAGGAGGGAGGGAGGGGCCGUCUCUCUGCCACUGCAGGGGCUUCACAGGAGUCAACCAGCGGGGAGUUCUGGCAAAAGCACCCUGCUCGGGGUCACCAGCGGAACAGAGGCUGCCCCAGUGGAAGUGUGGGGGAGGGGGUGGCACGUGGGUGUCGUGUAUCGCCCCUGGCCGUGGGCCAGAUUUUUCUGAAUUAAGGAACGGGUGUGUCUUCCUUUUUGCUUUGGUUUAUUUUAUUUUUUUUGGAAUAAAGUGUGUGUGGAAGACUG